AGGAGGUGGAGCCGGGGCGGGCUGGCGGGCGGCCGGGUGGCGGCGGCGGCAUGGCGGAGCCGAGCGGGGCGGAGACGAGGCCCCCCAUUCGGGUCACCGUCAAGACCCCCAAGGACAAGGAGGAAAUCGUGAUCUGCGAUCGAGCUUCGGUCAAGGAGUUCAAAGAGGAAAUCUCCAGGAGGUUUAAGGCUCAGCAGGAUCAGCUGGUCCUGAUCUUCGCAGGCAAGAUCCUCAAGGACGGGGACACGCUGAACCAGCAUGGGAUCAAGGAUGGGCUCACUGUCCAUCUGGUCAUCAAGACCCCUCAGAAGGCUCAAGAUCCAGCUGCUGCCACUGCGUCUUCCCCCUCCACUCCAGACCCUGCUUCAGCGCCCUCCACCACGCCUGCUUCCCCCGCCACCCCUGCCCAGCCGUCCACCUCUGGCAGUGCCACUUCGGAUGCUGGCAGCGGAAGCCAGAGGAGCAGUGGGGGGGGGCCUUCCCCAGGGGCUGGGGAGGGAUCUCCCAGUACUACUGCAUCCAUACUCUCUGGCUUUGGGGGCAUCCUAGGCCUGGGCAGCCUGGGCCUGGGCUCUGCCAACUUCAUGGAGCUGCAACAGCAGAUGCAGAGGCAGCUGAUGUCCAAUCCUGAGAUGCUAUCUCAGAUCAUGGAGAACCCCCUGGUCCAGGACAUGAUGUCUAACCCCGAUCUGAUGCGCCACAUGAUCAUGGCCAACCCCCAGAUGCAGCAGCUGAUGGAGCGGAACCCUGAGAUCAGCCACAUGCUCAACAACCCAGAACUCAUGAGGCAGACAAUGGAACUUGCUCGGAAUCCAGCCAUGAUGCAGGAGAUGAUGCGGAACCAGGACCGGGCCCUGAGCAACCUGGAGAGCAUCCCCGGGGGGUAUAAUGCCCUUCGCCGCAUGUACACGGACAUUCAAGAGCCCAUGUUCAGUGCCGCUCGGGAACAGUUUGGCAACAAUCCCUUCUCUUCCCUGGCCGGGAACUCCGACAGCUCGUCCUCCCAGCCUCUGCGGACUGAGAAUCGAGAGCCCCUCCCUAACCCCUGGAGCCCCUCGCCCCCCACCUCCCAGGCCCCCGGGUCCGGUGGGGAGGGCACCGGAGGAUCGGGGACCAGCCAGGUGCACCCGACAGUCUCGAACCCCUUUGGGAUCAAUGCGGCUAGCCUGGGGUCAGGGAUGUUCAAUAGCCCAGAAAUGCAGGCCCUGCUCCAGCAGAUCUCUGAGAACCCCCAGCUGAUGCAGAACGUGAUCUCAGCCCCCUACAUGCGCAGCAUGAUGCAGACGCUUGCCCAGAACCCUGACUUCGCUGCUCAGAUGAUGGUGAACGUGCCGCUCUUCGCGGGGAACCCCCAGCUGCAGGAGCAGCUCCGCCUGCAGCUCCCAGUCUUCCUGCAGCAGAUGCAGAACCCAGAGUCACUCUCCAUCCUUACAAAUCCCCGCGCCAUGCAGGCGCUGCUGCAGAUCCAGCAGGGACUGCAGACCUUGCAGACUGAGGCCCCUGGGCUGGUACCCAGCCUUGGCUCCUUUGGGAUGUCCCGGACCCCAGCACCCUCUGCGGGCAGCAACCCUGGGUCUGCGCCCGAGGCCCCCACCUCCUCACCGGCCCCGCCAGCCACGUCUUCUCCAACAGGGGCUUCCAGUGCUCAGCAGCAGCUCAUGCAGCAGAUGAUCCAGCUUUUGGCUGCCAGUGGAAACUCACAGGUGCAGACGCCAGAAGUGAGAUUUCAGCAGCAACUGGAGCAGCUCAACUCCAUGGGCUUCAUCAAUCGUGAGGCCAACCUGCAGGCCCUGAUUGCCACGGGAGGGGACAUCAACGCAGCUAUCGAGAGACUCCUAGGCUCUCAGCUCUCCUAACCCUUCUGCCCAUGCCUCCUGCCUCUCCAGCAUCUGGUUCCUCUGUUAAUCCUUACCCUCUGCAGCUUGUCAUCCCUUCUGUCUCCUCCCUUGUCCUGUUCAGAGAGCAGGGUGACAGUAGAGGUGUGGGUCUCAACCCUAUAGCUCUGUUUGAAAAUUUUGGUUUUACUUCUACAUCUCUUACAGAAUCUUCUCUCCUGGUCCUGCUUGAGCAGAGCUGUUUAAACAGCUGUCACAGUUGUGUUGAUUGGCCCCACCUCCUUGCCCCACAACCACCUUUUGCUGUCUUCAGACUUCUCGGUGGCAGUGCCAAGCUGAAGGUUCACUGAAACAGGGUCUCCAUCUGUACCACUAGGGUUUGCUUGUCUUACAUUUACUUUGGAAACUCUCUUCUUUCUCUCUGCCAUUCCCUCCCACCUCCAGCCUGCCCAGUGCUGGGAUUUCAUUCUCUGAAGGAGGGCAAGUGAAACAGGCUGGACUUUUCCUCCUCACUCCCUAAUCUGGUCACUGCGUCCAGGACCUUUUCAUGGGGUCUGCUGGGGCUUCCAAGGAGAGGAAGACGCCUCUUCUCCGCCUAAAGGGGGAGAUGAGACACAGCCCCUCUAGAAGAGGAAAGAGCACGCCCUGGACCAGCCCAAUGGAGAUGGUGCAGAGGAGGGGGAGAUGAGAUUUUAUGGAGGAGGGAAUGGAGAAAACAGCCAGAGUGAAAGGCUUGGAAGGUGGAAUUGACAGUUAGGGAGUGGAAGCACCAAUGGCUCUUUUAGGCAGGUGAGUCCCGGCCCAGGCCUGGCAGGGAAGACUUAGAGAUGCUAAUGGGAUUGGAGUUGAGGAACAGGCCUCAAUGAAGCUAAGUGAUAUGGCUCACAAGGGAUUAUACUGACUCCAUUUCCUCAAACACACGUGCUUAUUUACACACUCACACAUUUCCAUGAACCCAAAACCUGCCCGUGUCCCCAGAUUCCACUGAUUUGAGCCCGCCUCAAAAGACAUGAAGGGGGUUGGGGUCUGUCAGCAGUGGAUGUGGGGGGGGGUGCCUGGGUGCAUGUGUGCACUCAUACAUGGGAGGGUGGAUUCUUUGUUGAUUCUGGUUCAGAGCUCUCUCCCACCAGGGAGAAGUAGGCAGAAAGGCCAGUCUAGGGCAGGAGUACAUACAGCCCAGAGAGCUAGAUCCCUUGGAACUCUGGGUGCUGGGUAAGCAAGGGUAGUGUGGGUACUCCUGAUGCUGUCAGGGCUAUGACCAGCACCCCUGUCACCUUCCCCCCAUUGCUUUUGGGGAAUAUUAGAGGGCUCUUUCCCUUGAGAGCCCCUGGCCUUGGCAUCCUAACCCCUGCCCUUUGAGUUCUUCACUGUUUUCUUCUAGGCCAGAAAGUUGUAUGUGAGGAAGGAAAGGAGGAUGGCAAUGAUGCUCUGAUCUGGAAUUGGACUUGCUCUUCUGGAGCACAAAGGAGGCUCAUAUCACCUCCCCUCUGUGCCGCUUAGCCCAGCUGCUUGCAGGCCCCAAGAAUGAGAAUCUGGAGGCAUGAGGAACAGAACUUUGUCCAAGUGGGAAAGGGUCCCAAGCAAUCCAGAGAGGAUGUCUGUGGCUUUCCCUCCCUACCUCCCCCACCUCCCACACUGGCCUUUGUAAAUAAAUGACGUGGUCUUUGUUGUGA